AUGAGCUUCUCAGGCCGUCGUCUCUCCAUCCUGAGCCCCUCCUCCCAAGCCCGCCGCUUCUCUGCUAGCAAAGAACUCUCACAGAACGAGAAGACUUCCGAAACCCAUCGUCAGUUCCGUGAUGCGCACGAAGGCCACCGUCCUCACGCCGGGCUCGACGCUACUCGCGCUUCAACCGGCGUCGUGUGGACGACCGAAAGGGCUUCCGAACAUGGGUUUCUUGAAAACCCUUCGCUAUGGGCAAAUCUCGGACAGGGCGCUCCUGAAGCCGAUGAUGAUAUCGCAGGCAGCUUUCCCCGCCCCACUUCGAUCCCCAUAAGCUCCGCGUCCCGCGAGUACGGCCCUACUGCCGGUAUCAAGCCUCUCCGUGAUGCGGUGGCGAGGUUAUACAAUGAACAUUAUCGGCAGGGGAAGCAAGGCUAUACCUGGGAAAAUGUGUGCAUUGUACCUGGUGGAAGAGCAGGGUUGAUUCGUAUUGCCGCAAUAUUGGGCAAUGCGUAUCUAUCGUUCCCAAUCCCAGACUACUCGGCGUAUUCGGAGAUGUUGUCUUUGUUUAAGAAUUUCGCGGCAGUUCCAAUGCCCUUAUCGGCUGCGGACGGAUAUCACAUCCACACUGAUAAGGUUGCCGAAGAAAUUGCUCGAGGGACUUCGGUCUUGUUAACAUCGAACCCCAGGAACCCAACGGGUCAUGUCAUCAACAAUCCGGAGCUGGCCAAAAUACAGGAUAUCUGUCGUGGGAGAGCAACGCUUAUCCUGGACGAGUUCUACGCUGGAUAUAAUUACAGCACUGGUUGUGAUGGCUCGACUACUAGUGGAGCGAUGAACGUCGAAGACGUCGACACAGACGACGUUCUCAUCCUCGAUGGUCUGACCAAACGCUUCCGCCUCCCCGGCUGGCGAAUCGCUUGGAUCUUGGGACCUAAGGAAUUCAUCGAAGCCCUUGCCUCCGCUGGCUCCUACCUGGAUGGGGGCGCCAACGUCCCGUUUCAAGAGGCGGCAAUCCCCAUGCUGGAACCCUCUCUCGUCCGCAUGGAGAUGAAAGCACUGCAAGUCCAUUUCCGCGAGAAGCGAGAUUAUGUGAUUGGUCGGCUGGGGCAAAUUGGCUUCCAGAUCACUGACGUUCCAGAUGCAACGUUUUAUAUCUGGCUGGACCUUACUGCGCUUGAGCCCCCUCUCCCGGCUUCUGCGAAUAUCUCAGACGGUCUGAACUUUUUCAACGCUCUACUGACGGAGAAGGUGAUUGUUGUUCCUGGGAUAUUUUUUGAUCUGAAUCCAGCGAAGAGGCGGGAUUUGUUCGACAGUCCCUGCCACCAUUUUGUCAGGCUGAGCUACGGGCCGAACAUGGACGUGCUGAAACGAGGGUUGGACGGCAUUGAGAGGGUUAUUCGCCGGGUCAGGGGUGAGGUCAUCGCUGACGAUCUAGAGGACGAAGUUGCUGUUCAGGAUUAA